AUGAUGCCUAUCCAAGACGAUUCCGAUAGUUCCAAGGUGCCUGGUCGGAAUCUCCCCUUAUUGUCCUGGGAAGAGGUCCAUCAGAACCUACUACUAUCCACUCGUAGAAACGUGUCAGAUCCAUUGUCCGUCCAGAGUAUCAAUUCAAUUUUGUCUGCUACGUCCUACCCAUUUCUAACCCCAGAGGAAUCUGGUAUUCCACCAUCAUCAUCACUACAAGGAACGCAACCAGUAUGGGGAUAUACAAGCAUCAAUGAGCAUUCUAGCACAGGUCAGCAGGCCAAAGAUCAAAACCAAAAUGCAUCAAAACGCCCUCGAAGUCGUGCUGCUAAUGCCGAUGGCUCGUUUCCGAGAAAAAGGGGUCGACCUCGCAAACAAGUCGACGAAGGGGAGGAUCCUAAUGAGCGACGUCGGAUGCAAAUUCGACUGGCUCAAAGGGCCUAUCGAUUACGCAAGGAUGCGAAUACGUCUUCAAUUCAGAGCCGAGUUCUCCAGCUUGAGGCAACAUUAGAGCAAAUUGGUACAGCCCUGCAGUCUAUUAGUAACGCAAUGAACCAGCCUGAUAGCCUUGAAUACAAUGCCCAUUUGAUUGGUGGUUGGGGGGACACGGUGCGGAUGUGUCUUUCCCUAGUCAACGAGGCGGCCAGUGUCGAAUCUCAAGAUCUUGUUGAAGGCACUUCGCCUCUUAGCGAAAAAAGCCACUCAUCUGCAGAAAAGAACGAGCCUCAGCUUCAAACUGCCACGUCUAUGGGCUCACCCCCCUCCCGGAUAAAAUCCAGUGCGAGCGCAGGCCCGGAGAGUCUAUACGCUGCUGGAUUCAAACCAACUCGUGAUGGGCACGACUCAUCCAAGGUAGCUGCUCUGGAGAUGUCUGCCUUCAUAGAACGACUCCAUUUUGCAUGCCUUCAUGAAGGCUACUCUGUCUUACGUGAUGCUUCUGUCGAGCUGGACCGUCUGCAAAAGCCGUUUCGAUUCCUCUUCCGCACAAUGGACAGAGAGCGCAUAACCUCAUACUUUGAGGCUUGCUUACAUGCAAAGGCCAGUCAGAAACGCCUGGACGAAUGGGAAGAUGUGCCAUACUUCAGGAUCGGCGGCGCUGGGACUCACUACCCAGGAAAGACCCCCAGAAGCUCAACGGAGGUGCUCUCGCGCUGCAAAAAUAUCCAGGAUCCCGUACUACAGUCACCACAAGAGAUUGGACAGAAGCUUGAUGGGGAAUGGUUUGAUCUGCAUGAUUUGGAGGGCUUUCUCCAUGAACAAGGGGUGGUGUUUGUUGUCGGUCAUGCCAAGGACUCUCUCGCUGGGGAAAAGUCAGUCAAUGCGGCGUAUUUGAUUCAAGGUUGGUCAAUCCUUUAG